AUGUCUAAUCAGCAGACAGAUGAGGCCUGGAAUCCAAACUCUUAUGACCAGGGCUCAGCAAAUGUAAACCAUUCCAUGUUGAAUUUGAAUGAUGACUACGCUAAUAUACUAAGUAAUUUGGCCCAUGGUACUCCACCUGCUUUGAAAGAAGGCUCCGAAACAACUGGCCAGAAGUCGCAGAAAACGUCGGCAUCUCCCGGGGCAUCAAAUGCUCGCUCAAACAUCAGUAACGAGAAACAGCCCAAUCUGGAUUUGUUACUCCAACACUAUCAGGAGCUAUUCAGUCGUUCUGGUCAUAGUAACAGCAGUGCGAAUAACAAAACUAGCGGCGACACAUCGAACGGAACGGAACAGGGUCCAGCUCAAGAUUCCCUAAAUGCCAACCAGCCAUCAAACAACAAUUCUAACACACUCGCAAAUCUUGAACAGACUUCUGUAAUAGCAGAAAAACCGUGUGAUCAUUGUCGUCGAAGACAAAUCAAAUGCGUCAUAGUUCCGGAUUUGACUAAUUGCGUGCAAUGCGAAACCAAAGGCAUAAAAUGCGGCUACUCUAACUCGCCCGCUUCACAUCAAGGGCCUGAAAUGUCCCGGGAUAUCUCCAAGCGUAACCGUGUGGACGAAAAUGUAAACGUUCACGAGCUUUUGAAGCGCACUAAACCCAACAACAACAUUGACCCAGUCUCUGAAAAUUAUACAGAUAUACUUCUCAGUCUUGACCACACAGCGCACGAGAAACAAAAGCGGAACUCUGAUAAAUCCAGUAUUUCUGGUGUGGGUAAUCUUUCGAGCCCCUACAUGAUGUUCGAUUCUCCUGGGCAUAUCGAAGCAGCUAAGAGUUCAGCAAACAGUGUUCUGACUGGUAACUCACCUUCAAAUUUGUCUGUUGGGACUAAUUUUAAUGGUGGGCAGCAGAAGCUUCCUCACGUACCGCCGCCCAUCCAAUACCCACGCUCCUCAUUCUACGUUGGACCGACAUCCGUCUUUGACAUAAAUCUGGUAAACCAGGUCAAACUAGAUAAGAUUGACCAGGUACAACUGUCCAAAACUCUAGCACUACGAAAGGUUGCCCCAGACGUGCAGUUUCUACUCCGAGAUGACCUCAAUCAAUCCCUUUACAUGAAACAAGAACAAGAGGUAGACAUGGUAGAGAAGCUCGUUCAUCCCCAUGGUAAAAUACUCGUUGACAUUUUUUUCAAACUAAUACAUCCUCAAUUCCCAAUUUUGCAUGAACGAGUUUUCCUAGAGAAAUAUUCAAGGUCGUAUCGCGAGCUAACGGCGCCACUGCUGGCAGCUUUGUAUUCCUUAUCGCUGCAGUGGUGGGAUUUCCAUCCUCAGCUUGUCGGAUUUGCAAAACCAGAUGUAACUGAUCAGCUCAAUAAAAUUGCGCUAAGGACAUUUUUCGAUGUGAUUGAGAGGCCAAAACUAAGCAUCAUACAGACCGGUCUCUUGAUCUUACAAUGUCGCAGCGAAAGCUCUAGUAACUGGGCAAUAUGUUCAGAAGUUGUGGCACUGGCCGAAGAUCUAGGGCUUGGUGUAGACUGUCAAGAUUGGAGACUUCCUCGGUGGGAAAGAGGUCUAAGAAGACGGCUGGCUUGGGCGGUGUGGCUGGAAGAUAAAUGGACGUCCAUGAUGGAAGCCAGACACUCGCAUUUGAUUUUGGGCAGAAAUUGGCUGGUUAAAAUGCUCACCGAUGAAGACUUCCCAGCGACCUCGCCAGUGAUCAGCGGCUCUAUGGGCGCUUCACAGUUCAAUGGACAAACACCAAGAGAUGUCACAAGUCCAGUAAUUGAUAAGUCAAUGCUCGACCUUUCUCCUACUGAAGAGGACUUCAAAAACAGCAAAUUAAUGUUUCAAUACAUGAUUUCUCUGAGCAUUAUUUUGGGCGAGGUGCUGGACACAUUUUACACAUUGGGGGCACUCCAAACCGUGACAAAGAUCGAGCAAGUGCUUAAACUUGCGAAGCCUUUGCAGUUAAAGAUGCGCGAAUGGUACCACUCAUUGCCACCACAGCUUUCCAUGAACAACUUAAAGGAAAGAAGAUUUAAUAGCAAUGCCUCCUUGACGCUUUCGUAUUUCGCUGUCGAGCUCACCUUGCAUAGAAAAAUCAUAACUACCUUGAACAGUGAUACUUCUCCAGAGCUCGUUAAGGUAUGUCGAUUAGCAGCAAAAACAAGACUAGUUGCGGCAAUCGAAUUCAUAAGAGACCUCAAAUUCGAGCAUGUCAACUCUUUCUGGUACACCUGCUCCACGGGAAACCUCACUUUGAUUGGAACAUUUUCUGCACUACUGUUCGUUACCGCACCUUCGAAACAAGAAGCAACGAUUUUCAGAGAUUGCCUUAGAAACUAUGUUUGGAUUUUAAGGAUGAACUCUAGAAGCUUUGAUAAGGCGAGACAUGGAUUGGAAAGAAUCCACAUGUUGCUGGCUCAAAUUCCGGGUCUACUCACUGAUGACAGCGCUCGUCAGCAACAACGAGCCAGCGCAAUCCCACCACCUACGUUGUCACCGAUGGCCCACCAGCAAGCAACACAGCCGCCAUACGUUUCUUCGGGCUCGUCUACGCAGAGGCAGUUCAGUCCGCAAUCAGUGGCUAAUCAAUUCAAAGGUUUGCCUUCUGAUAUCAUGCAUCAGUUGGCCAAUAUUCAGGGAAACAUGCCGAUAACAAAUGGAUCAAACGAUAUUCAGGCAGGUAAUGCGCCAGUGAAUGAAAGAAGGGAUGGAGCAGGUGUUCUGAACAAUUCAAAUCGUACAUCACCGGCUGAGUCAUCGCCUGGAGAAAAGGAUUCCUCGAAGAUUGGCGCCAACAUUACAAGCGAAAGCGGUGGAUCGCCAGUCGAUACAGAACAUAUUAAGGAAGAAGUGGAUCGACCCUCAGAUAGAACACCAAAGAUGGCGUCAAAAUCCAAAGUGUUGACACCUCAAAGCAGUACAGGCAUAAACGGGAAAAGUGUUCAGGGUAUUUCAUCUAAUAACGACAACAAUCAAUCCAAUGGCGGGCUUGAACAUCAGGAAGGAAGCUUGCAAGCAUCUCCUACUUCGACAGAGGGGGUACGAGGUAAAGAAAGGAGUCCUGAAAGUGGAGUCUCAUCAAAUGAUUCGUUUUUGGGCGAGAAAAAAGAUGACCAGCCAACACCAGGAAGCCAGCAUGAAGCGGGACCAGAAAAGUCUGCGUUGAAUGAAUCGAGUAGUGCUUAA